CUUACUAGGCCCCUGCAGUUGGAAAGGAUUUAAAAGUUAACAUUUACACUGAUUCCAAGUAUGAUUUUUUAGUGCUUCAUGCUUAUGCUGCAAUUUGGAAUGGGUGGGGACUCCUGACCCCAAAGGGCUUUUCCAUACAACAUCAUUCAGAUUUUGAGCUUGUUAGAAUGCUGCUUUGCUGCCAAAAAGUGACUAUAAUUAAUUGCAGAGGACAUCAAAAGAGAGACUGACCAUGUAAAAGGAAAUGCCCUUGUAGAUGCCGCAGCCAAGGCCCCUGCACUGGAAGGGUCAAUGGAGCUUAUGGGCGUGCUGGUCAGCAUACAUAGAACUGGGCCGGAAUACCCUGAAGAAGAACAAAAAUGGUCCAGGGAUUGCAUUUCAGUCCAGGGCCCCUCGGGCUGAAUGAUGGUAAUAAAUUACUAAUGCCAAGUACCAAUCACAGGAGUAUAACUCAGCCCUUUCGUGAUUCUUUUCACCCUAGAAGGGAUUCUUUGUUUCUGUUAAUGUCUCAUUUGUUUAUAGGGGUAAAUCUUUUCAAGACACUAAAACAGGUGACUCAGCCCUGUGAGCUCUGUGCCUGACAUGACCCAAACGGCCAGCAAUUUUCUCCUUCUCCAGUUAAACCUGUCCAAAAUUGAGGAACCUAUCCAGGUGAGAACUGGCAACUCUAAUGUACUCCGAUACCUUUCUGCAGGAGAUUCAAAUAUUUGCUAAUGCUUACUGAUACCUUCACUGGUUAGAUCGAGGCAUUCCCCACCCCAUCUGAAAAAUGUUUACCAGAAGAAAUAACUCCUCAGUUUGGGUAAUCUAAAAGCCUGCAAAGUGACAAUGGCCCAUCUUUCACAGCAGGCGUAACCCAACACCUAUCCUCAGCUUUAAGAAUCCAAUAUGACCUUCACUCUGCUGGAGACCGCAGUCCUCUGGAAAGGUGAAAGGGCUAAUCCUAAAGAAGACUCUAGCUAAAUCAGAGGCCUGACUAUCUCUAACACCCAUAGCUUACUGCGGGUUUGAACUGCUCCAAAGUAAAACGUAUAAUCAAGUCCUGUCGAGUUAACAUGUGGAAGGCCUUUCCUAACCACAGAUCUCCUAAUAGAUGAAAUGAAUCUCCAUUACAAAAAUGUCAUCAAUCUAGGACAGGUGCAAAGGCACUCUGUGAAUAUGGAAACAAGCGUCUUCCCCUCCCACAUGGGAGGAAAAUUCAGUUUCAGCUCAGCUAGGAAUUUAGUCUUACUAAAGACGUGGGAGGAAGUUCUUCAGCUGAGCAGCUUUCCCCAACGUGGAAGGGACCAUAGCAAGGAUACCUGAGUUCUCCAACAGACGUUCAACGCCAAGGGAGUCACAGGUGGGUGCACCUGUGUGGAAGUAAAGCUGUUGCUUAUUCUGGGAGCCCAAUCGGAGGCUGAGGGAGGUGGACGCGGGGCUAUUUAAGCGUUAGCGGAGGGCGGGCUGGGUCGCUGCGCGUCUGCUCCUCCUUCUCGCGCUUCUGUUGCUGCCCUAAUCCUGCCUUAGCCAUGAGGGAGAUCGUGCUCACGCAGAUCAGGCAGUACGGGAACCAGAUCGGGGCCAAGUUCUGGGAGGUGAUCUCUGAUGAACAUGCCAUCGACUCCGCUGGCACCUACCACGGGGACAGCCACUUGCAGCUGGAGCGCAUCAACGUGUACUACAACGAGGCCAGCGGUGGCAGGUACGUGCCCCGCGCUGUGCUCGUGGAUCUGGAGCCGGGCACCAUGGACUCUGUGCGCUCGGGUCCCUUCGGGCAGGUCUUCAGGCCAGACAACUUCAUUUCCGGUCAGUGUGGGGCCGGAAACAACUGGGCCAAGGGACGCUACACAGAAGGCGCGGAGCUGAUGGAGUCAGUGAUGGACGUUGUCAGAAAGGAGGCUGAGAGCUGUGACUGUCUGCAGGGUUUCCAGCUGACCCACUCCCUGGGUUGGGGGACUGGGUCUGGGAUGGGUACCCUUCUGCUCAGUAAGAUCCGGGAGGAGUACCCAGACAGGAUCAUAAACACAUUCAGCAUCCUGCCCUCGCCCAAGGUGUCAGACACCGUGGUGGAGCCCUACAACGCCACCCUCUCAGUCCACCAGCUCAUAGAAAACGCGGAUGAGACCUUUUGCAUAGAUAACGAAGCGCUAUAUGACGUAUGUUCCAGGACCCUAAAACUGCCCACACCCACCUAUGGUGACCUGAACCACCUGGUGUCUGCUACCAUGAGUGGGGUCACCACAUGCCUGCGCUUCCCAGGCCAGCUGAAUGCUGACCUGCGGAAGCUGGCCAUGAACAUGGCCCCAUUUCCCCAGCUACAUUUCUUCAUGCCCGGCUUUGCCCCACUGACCAACCAGGGCAGCCAGCAGUACUGGGCCUUGACUGUGGCUGAGCUUACCCAGCAGAUGUUUGAUGCUAAGAACAUGAUGGCUGCCCGUGACCCCCGUCACGGCCGCUACCUAACGGCGGCUGCCAUUUUCAGGGGUCGCAUGCCCAUGAGGGAGGUGGAUGAACAAAUGUUCAACAUUCAAGAUAAGAACAGCAGCUACUUUGCUGACUGGUUCCCUGACAACGUAAAAACAGCCGUCUGUGACAUCCUACCCCGGGGGCUAAAAAUGUCAGCCACCUUCAUUGGGAAUAAUACGGCCAUCCAGGAACUCUUCACGUGUGUCUCAGAGCAGUUUACAGCAAUGUUCAGGCGCAAGGCCUUCCUCCACUGGUACACGGGCGAGGGCGUGGAUGAGAUGGAAUUCACCGAGGCUGAGAGCAACGUGAACGACCUGGUGUCUGAAUAUCAGCGAUAUCAGGAUGCCACGGCCGAGGAGAAGGAUGAGGAGUGUGCUGAGGAGGAGGUGGCCUAGAACUCUCCUUUUCUAGGUAAAGGGGGGAAGCAGUGUGGAUUCUUUACUGUGUUCUGACAGCCAUGUGUCACUAUGCGCUUGUUCAUUUGUGUCUUCACAUCUCCUGCUGCAUUUUAAAGCAUUUCUAUAGUAUGCAGUUUUGACUAAUAAAGUGUUCUCACAGCA